AAAUAAAUAAAUAAAUAAAUAAAUAAAUAUCAGAAAAGUAGAUAAAAUUUGUAUUAAUGAUAACAUGUAGCAUUCUAAAGUCUGGAAAGUUUGUGUCAAGCCAUGUAGUUACUGGAUAUGUGGGCUUGUUGAGAGAAGAAAUCAGUGUAAAGGAACCUUAAAGUUGGGCUUUGUUCUGUGAUGUAAAGCCUCCAAAGAGUUACAUACUGCUGCACUCAAUAAAUGUAAAUAUGUCACACACCUGGCAUCUUCUGUUAUAGAUAAACCCUUUACUUAUUAGAAUCAAUACCUACUGAAAUGUUAGCGUUUCUUUAAGUGUAGGUGCAAUUCUUCUUUAUUACUUGAGUUUAAGGUUGUAUUUGAAAAAAAAGAACUCAACUUAAAGAUGGUUCAAAAUUUUAAACUUCAUAUCUAACGUAUGUGCUCAUCUUAAAUUAAUAGAUUUGUCUUAAUGAAAUACUGGUCUAUGUGCCUCAAAUUCCAAGAGGAUGUGUUAUGUAAUGAAAGAACUACUAGAUUUCCCUUCUACAUCUGAUUUGCUGAAGAUGAUUUUCAGAUGCUUCUUAUUAAAAUAUUCUUAAUCCUUCAAAUUUUGUACUUUUAACACCUUGAGCAUCAGCUUCAAAUAAUGACUAAAUAAGGGGAAAAGGUAAUAAAAUAUUACAAAUGGGAUAGUAAGCUACAUUACUCAACCACAUGAAAGGUUAAUUGACACAUUAAAGAACCUAAGACCACUUGAUUUUUAUUUUUUAAACAUUCUUAAAGAGCAUUCAAGUAUAUCUAUAUCUAUAUACAUAUACACACACGUAUAUAUACACACAUACACACACACAAACACACAUACAUACACACAUGGACAUUCUGACCAAAAUGUAAAAUGUACAAACUCACCGAAUAGUGAAUGCAUCCAAAGAGUAACAAGAGAAUCUAUACAGUAGGUGUUGACAUCAUUCACUCCUAUGUGAAAACUUGCUUUUUCAUUUUUUUUAAAAGAAAAUGUUAUAUGCUUCUUAGGGUAGGGUGUUUGGGAAAAAAGUAAAGGUUAUAGAUUUGGGUACAUUUCCUCUGAGUUAAAUGUUUUAUGCAAUGGAAAAAUAUCUUUAAACCCUCUAUAAACUACUAACAGACUAUAAAAUGCUUGAUCCAUACAUUUUGAAUGUAUGCACUGUAUAUACCAUAUACUUUUAAAUAUCUGAAUCUUUAGUUUUAUAUGUGUUCUGAAGAAUAAUUUUUCAUACUAAUUGAAGUGUUCAUACAAUGAACACUUGGCAUUGUGUUGGAAGGCACUUGCUUUGGAAUGUUUUGGAGCAAAGUCUUGAGUCAGUUAUAUUUUUGAUGCUUGUAUAAAGGUGACAAUGAGUGGCUGUCUAGAAUUCUGGAUACUGAGAGUAGUUUAAGAUGCUAUAAUGCUUUUCCACUAUAAGGUGAAUUCGGUGUGGAACUCAUUGCUUAUUGCUGCACACUUGUCUAGUUUUAGAGUAACAAUACAUUAUGUAGGCUAAAGAUAAUUUCUUUAGGAAGAUUUUCUGGUUUGAAAAUGGAAUUAAAACUGUAAGACACCUGUCAGAAACAUGGAAAAUGGCAUGUUAUUGACCAGAGAAAAGUGUAAAUAACAAAAAGUUAGGAUGAUCAGAUGGUAAACUGGGGACCAAGGAAAAGUGGACAGGAAGAUUACUUAUAUAAUUAAAUAAUAUAAUUAUAAGGACUUACAAUUCACUCCCCAAUCCUAAUAACGCAUCAUUGUUAGGCUACUUGAGAAGAAACAGUACAUUUCAGGACAAUUGUGAUGUAGUAUGAAAAAACAUCCUUUGUAAAAGUUUUUCAUUUGGGCCAGGGUGGUUCAUGACUAUAAUCCCAGCAAUUUGGGACGCUAAGGUGGGAUGAUUGCUUAAAGCCAGGUGUUCUAGCCCAGCCUGGGCAACAUAGUGAAACCCCACCCCUAUAGAAAAAAAAAGUUUUCAAUCAUACUUAUUUAAUUAAAAGUAGACACUUGGAAACAAAGGAAAAGAGACCCUCUUGCUUUUUACUAUACUUCUAUUUUAUAAGGUCGAUCAUUUCCUCAUUACCUUUAACUUCUUUUGGGGGGAGAUAAUAAAGAUAAAAGAGAAGAAAGUGAAACAUGGAAUAAAACUAAAAGCUAUGACAUUAUAACUUUUAGAAGUUAGAAGUAAAGGAAAUAGAAUGCAAUAAGAAUACACGUGAAGCUGAUAUUUCAAGCCUCUUUAUACUACGUCUUCUGCCAUCACCAAAAAUAGCUUUCAUUUGUAUGAUUUUCUAUGUAUUAUUUUAUUUGGCCCUCAUUUCUACUAGAGUAAGCAGAGAAGAUAUUAUUAUGACCAUUUUAUAAAAAUGGAAACUAAAAACGUGACGUGAUUGAGCAAGAUUAUCUCUGCCCUUUGACAAGUAAAAGGUACUUGAUUUGGAUGGAUAAAGCUCAAAUUAAAAGAAAUAACAGACUAAAGAUAUAGUAAGUAUAUUUAAUGUUUUUUAAAAGUCCUUUUAAAAUGGGAAGAAAGUAUCACUAUCAGUACACUGCCGAUUUUUCUCCUAACUGGCUCCUUAUUUGGAGCUGAUUUAGUCACCAUUAAUGCAAUUCUGCAGCAGAGGCGCCGGGUGCCGCUCUUGGCUAGUGCUGUGCAAAAUAUUGGCUCCUCCCGCCGCAGCCAACUCGGAAGAAAAGUGCACUCUCUAUCAGGCUUCCUGCAGCGGAGACACCCAUUAGAGAACCCAAGCACCAAGACAAAGCAAAUACUUGGUCCUGCUCGGAGAACUCUUGGGAUUAUUUAAAGAUCUCCUCUCCUCGGAUUUAGAAAGGCAAAGGCGCAGAGAGCGGGAUGGGAAAUAGCUCCGGAUGGAGGGGCCCAGCAGGGCAGAGGCGAAUGCUAUUUCUCUUCCUGCUCUCUUUGUUAGGCCAGGCGCUCUCCGAACCGAUCCGCUACGCUAUUCCCGAGGAGCUGGACAGGGGCUCGCUGGUAGGGAACCUCGCCAAGGACCUGGGGUUUGGCGUGGGGGAUUUACCUACUAGGAACCUGCGGGUUAUUGCAGAGAAGAAAUUCUUUACCGUGAGCCCCGAAAAUGGGAACUUACUUGUGAGCGACCGUAUAGACCGAGAGGAGAUUUGUGGCAAGAAGUCGACGUGUGUUCUGGAAUUUGAAAUGGUUGCUGAAAAGCCUUUAAACUUUUUUCAUGUAACUGUGCUGAUCCAGGAUAUUAACGACAACCCACCGACCUUUAGGCAAAAUAUCACUGAGCUGGAAAUCAGCGAACUGGCACUCACUGGAGCCACAUUUGCCCUGGAAUCUGCGCAAGAUCCUGAUGUAGGUGUCAAUUCGCUGCAGCAGUACUACCUCAGCCCUGAUCCGCACUUCUCUUUGAUUCAGAAGGAGAACCUGGAUGGCAGUAGGUACCCAGAGCUAGUACUGAAAGCACCCCUGGACAGGGAAGAGCAGCCACAUCACCACCUGGUCCUCACAGCUGUGGAUGGGGGCGAGCCCUCCAGAAGCUGUACCACCCAGAUCAGGGUAAUUGUCGCAGAUGCAAAUGAUAACCCCCCAGUAUUUACUCAGGACAUGUACAGGGUCAAUGUUGCAGAGAACCUGCCCGCUGGCUCCUCGGUAUUAAAAGUGAUGGCCAUUGACAUGGAUGAGGGCAUCAAUGCCGAAAUCAUCUAUGCCUUCAUCAAUAUUGGUAAGGAAGUGAGACAACUGUUCAAGCUGGACAGUAAAACGGGGGAGCUCACCACUAUUGGAGAACUGGACUUUGAAGAGAGAGAUAGCUACACAAUUGGGGUGGAAGCAAAGGAUGGUGGACAUCACACUGCAUAUUGUAAAGUACAGAUAGAUCUUUCAGAUGAAAAUGACAAUGCCCCGGAGAUAACCCUGGCUUCUGAAUCCCAACAUAUACAAGAAGAUGCUGAGCUGGGGACUGCCGUUGCCCUGAUCAAAACACAUGAUCUAGAUUCUGGAUUUAAUGGAGAAAUCCUAUGCCAACUAAAAGGAAAGUUCCCCUUUAAAAUCGUUCAAGAUACCAAAAACACAUACAGGUUGGUGACAGAUGGAGCCCUGGACCGGGAGCAGAUCCCAGAAUACAAUGUGACGAUCACAGCUACCGACAAAGGCAAUCCACCGCUCUCCUCCAGCAAGACCAUCACUCUGCACAUCCUUGACGUCAACGACAACGUUCCCGUUUUCCACCAGGCCUCCUACACCGUGCAUGUAGCUGAGAACAAUCCGCCUGGAGCCUCCAUUGCGCAUGUCAGCGCCUCGGAUCCCGACUUGGGACCUAAUGGCCUUGUCUCCUACUACAUCGUGGCCAGUGACCUGGAGCCGCGGGAGCUGUUGUCCUACGUGUCAGUGAGCGCGCGGAGCGGGGUGGUGUUCGCGCAGCGAGCCUUCGACCACGAGCAGCUGCGUGCCUUCGAGCUCACUCUGCAGGCCCGCGACCAGGGCUCGCCUACGCUCAGCGCCAACGCGAGCCUGCGCGUGUUGGUGGACGACCGCAACGACAAUGCACCGCGGAUGCUGUACCCAGCUCUGGGGCCCGACGGCUCCGCGCUCUUCAAUAUGGUGCCGCGCUCUGCAGAGCCUGGCUACCUGGUGACCAAGGUGGUGGCGGUGGACGCAGACUCGGGAUACAACGCCUGGCUGUCCUACCACAUUGUGCAGGCCAGCGAGCCCGGGCUGUUCAGCCUGGGGCUGCGCACGGGUGAGGUGCGCACGGCGCGUACCUUGGGCGACAGGGAGGCCGCCCGCCAGCGCCUGCUGGUCACUGUGCGUGAUGGAGGACAGCCGCCUCUUUCAGCCACCGUCACGCUGCACCUAAUCUUCGCAGAUAGCUUGCAAGAGAUACAACCUGACCUUAGCGACCGCCCCACUCCCUCUGACCCUCAGGCGGAGCUACAGUUUCACCUAGUAGUGGCGUUGGCCUUGAUCUCAGUGCUCUUUCUCCUCGCGGUGAUUCUGGCAAUCUCCCUGCGCCUGCGACGCUCCUCCAGAGCCGCCACUGAGGGCUACUUUCAGCCUGGUGUCUGCUUCAAGACUGUACCUGGAGUUCUCCCCACCUACAGCGAAAGGACUUUGCCUUAUUCCUACAAUCUGUGUGCUGCCUCACAUUCCUCAAACACCGAGUUUAAAUUUCUCAAUAUAAAGGCUGAAAAUGCUGCACCACAAGAUCUUCUAUGUGAUGAAGCGUCUUGGUUUGAAAGUAAUGACAAUCCAGAAAUGCCUUCUAAUUCAGGCAAUUUGCAAAAGCAAGCCCCGCCCAACACGGACUGGCGUUUCUCUCAGGCCCAGAGACCCGGCACCAGCGGCUCCCAAAAUGGCGAUGACACCGGCACCUGGCCCAACAACCAGUUUGACACAGAGAUGCUGCAAGCCAUGAUCUUGGCCUCCGCCAGUGAAGCUGCUGAUGGGAGCUCCACCCUGGGAGGGGGUGCCGGCACCAUGGGAUUGAGCGCCCGCUACGGACCCCAGUUCACCCUGCAGCACGUGCCCGACUACCGCCAGAAUGUCUACAUCCCAGGCAGCAAUGCCACACUGACCAACGCAGCUGGCAAGCGGGAUGGCAAGGCCCCAGCAGGUGGCAAUGGCAACAAGAAGAAGUCGGGCAAGAAGGAGAAGAAGUAACAUGGAGGCCAGGCCAAGAGCCACAGGGCGGCCUCCCCCCAACCAGCCCAGCUUCUCCUUACCUGUACCCAGGCCUCAGAGUUUCAGGGCUAACCCCCAGAAUACUGGUAGGAGCCAAGGCCAUGCUCCCCUUGGGAAACAGAAACAAGUGCCCAGUCAACACCCACCCCCUUCCCCCCAGGGGGUUGAAUAUGCAAAAGGAGUUCUGCUGGGAACCCCCAUCCAAUCAAUUGCUGUACCCAUGGGGGUAGUGGGGUUAGUGUAGACACCAAGAGCCAUUUGCCACACCCCGUUUAGUUACAGCUGAACUCCUCCAUCUUCCAAAUCAGUCAGGCCCAUCCAUCCCAUGCCUCCCUCCUCCCCACCCCACUCCAACAGUUCCUCUUUCCUGAGUAAGGUGGUUGGGGUGUUGAAGUACCAAGUAACCUACAAGCCUCCUAGUUCUGAAAAGUUGGAAGGGCAUCAUGACCUCUUGGCCUCUCCUUUGAUUCUCAAUCUUCCCCCAAAGCAUGGUUUGGUGCCAGCCCCUUCACCUCCUUCCAGAGCCUGAGAUCAAUGCUCAAGUUUUGGAGGACAUGAUCACCAUCCCCAUGGUACUGAUGCUUGCUGGAUUUAGGGAGGGCAUUUUGCUACCAAGCCUCUUCCCAACGCCCUGGGGACCAGUCUUCGGUUUUGUUUUUCAUUGUUUGACGUUUCCACUGCAUGCCGUGACUUCCCCCACCUCCUCCUCAAACAAGAGACUCCACUGCAUGUUCCAAGACAGUAUGGGGUGGUAAGAUAAAGAAGGGAAGUGUGUGGAUGUGGAUGGUGGGGGCAUGGACAAAGCUUGACACAUCAAGUUAUCAAGGCCUUGGAGGAGGCUCUGUAUGUCCUCAGGGGACUGACAACAUCCUCCAGAUUCCAGCCAUAAACCAAUAACUAGGCUGGACCCUUCCCACUACAUAAUAGGGCUCAGCCCAGGCAGCCAGCUUUGGGCUGAGCUAACAGGACCAAUGGAUUAAACUGGCAUUUCAGUCCAAGGAAGCUCGAAGCAGGUUUAGGACCAGGUCCCCUUGAGAGGUCAGAGGGGCCUCUGUGGGUGCUGGGUACUCCAGAGGUGCCACUGGUGGAAGGGUCAGCGGAGCCCCAGCAGGAAGGGUGGGCCAGCCAGGCCAUUCUUAGUCCCUGGGUUGGGGAGGCAGGGAGCUAGGGCAGGGACCAAAUGAACAGAAAGUCUCAGCCGAGGAUGGGGCUUCUUCAACAGGGCCCCUGCCCUCCUGAAGCCUCAGUCCUUCACCUUGCCAGGUGCCGUUUCUAUUCCGUGAAGGCCACUGCCCAGGUCCCCAGUGCGCCCCCUAGUGGCCAUAGCCUGGUUAAAGUUCCCCAGUGCCUCCUUGUGCAUAGACCUUCUUCUCCCACCCCCUUCUGCCCCUGGGUCCCCGGCCAUCCAGCGGGGCUGCCAGAGAACCCCAGACCUGCCCUUACAGUAGUGUAGCGCCCCCUCCCUCUUUCGGCUGGUGUAGAAUAGCCAGUAGUGUAGUGCGGUGUGCUUUUACGUGAUGGCGGGUGGGCAGCGGGCGGCGGGCUCCGCGCAGCCGUCUGUCCUUGAUCUGCCCGCGGCGGCCCGUGUUGUGUUUUGUGCUGUGUCCACGCGCUAAGGCGACCCCCUCCCCCGUACUGACUUCUCCUAUAAGCGCUUCUCUUCGCAUAGUCACGUAGCUCCCACCCCACCCUCUUCCUGUGUCUCACGCAAGUUUUAUACUCUAAUAUUUAUAUGGCUUUUUUUCUUCGACAAAAAAAUAAUAAAGUUUCUUCUGAAAA